AUGGAAAACGGCGGAGAUGUCAACACCGAUUCGGUUUCGAGAGUUCGUCUACUUGAAGCAAGAUACAUCGAGCUUCUCGAGAAGCGUGUAGCAGAUUUAGAAAGCCUGGUUGCCAAAACGUCGGAUGGACGUACCAAAAUUACAGUCGGCUCGCGUGGGAAGGAUACGAAGCUCAGUGCGAAGGACUUGACAUCUAAUGAUCGGAUUGAGCAGUUCCGCCCCAAUGGCGAACACGUAACGGGUGAUAAACGGACUAGUAUUAAUUCAAAUCCAGAUUCUCAGCCGCUCGCCACUAGAAUACGCUUUCGCAAUGUCAGAUACAACGAUGAUGGAGUUGAAGAGACCAAAGACGUAUCUGAGGAUGAAAUCCUCAAAGUCGGCCACGCUGAGAAACGCAAGGAAGAAGAUGACAUAGUGUGGACAAGUCGCUUCGGUGAGAACAGAAAAUACAAAUGGGCGGAGGUUCAAAUUCUCAGUGUGGAAUUGCGCGACAUCUUCCGAGUACUUUUCGCUCAUGAUCCAAGGAUGCACGUUGUGGCGGACAGUGACAACGAGAUUACUUUGAUCAGCCCCUUUGAGCCGCUCCUACAGAGAUGGACCAAACUAGAGGAACUUGCCCGAGAAUCUUUUGAAUCUGAUUCUUGGCGAAGUGUUACGAAGAAGAUCGGAGAAGCGAAGCGGAACAGUCAAACAGCCACAGUGGAGCAAAAGCCAGAAAAGUUUUUGGGGAAAGCUCAGAAGGACCUGGUUGCUCUCAUGGAGCGUGUCCGCUCUUCACCCGAAGUUGAAGCUUAUCUCUCCGCCAUAGAGGCAGCAGUAAAGAACAGUACGAUCCAGUUCGACAACCUCUGGACGAUCUUCCCACCAGGAGAAAUAGUUUACUCCACAUCCUUCAUGAAAGAAGAUCAGAUCUUCGUAGUCAAAGAGUGUAGCAGCUACUACCCUACGGAAAGCGAUUCUGGGCUGCCUAAAGACAAUCGACAAGUCUGCAACUUACACUGUUGGAGCUAUGACUGGAAUGGGAAACAUUUCACCCGCGUUCCAGUUCUUUUCAAAUUCGAAGAGUUCCCAGGGGUGAAGCUGAUCAAUACGCUUCACUGUCAUCCGUUGCGGAACCACUUUACGGAUGACGAUCAGGAACGUAAGAUAGGAGAGCUCAAAAAUAAACUCAUCGCUCGCGGGAAGCUAUUCCGAGAGUACUGUGUGCGGACGAUUGAGGAUCGUCUCGGAGAGCAAACGUUUGAGUACGAUGGUACUGCGAUAUCCCAUGGAAGUGGUUUCCAGCGGCUCAAAAACAAACAAUCAGGAGUAAGAGUCACAUAA